GGUUCCACCACCUGAUCCACUCCUCUCAUUUUCCUCCUACAUUUUCCCGAGAAAAUCGCUUUCACGGGAAAUCACAAAAAAAAAAAACUGACUUUAUUUAAGAAAUUUUUUCUAUGCUUCGUUUUAGAUUUCCUAGAAAUCGUAAUCGUGCAAUGACAUGCCUAUGAGCCUCUGAUUUCUCUGUUCGCUUGCCGGGAAAAUCAGAUCUAGCGAUCCAAAAUGAACUGGAAUCGACAUUUGGAAGCUCAUCACCUGAGCACCAGUUACCCUUACAAUAGCGCCGGUAGCUUCAUGGAAUAUGUAGAAGGUCUGACGUACGAUCACGUAAAUUUCAUUUUCGAUGGUGCAGCACAUGUACAGGAAAGCGUAUACCCAUUGAAUGUCAGCUAUUACAAGUUUGGAUUGUCUGAUGAUGAGAGUUUUUCUUAUUACAACCAUGGACAUGUAUAUCCAUUCCAUGAUCAACAACCAGUGUUUGGUGGUCACCAGUCUGCAUUUGAUGAAUAUAGGAGGCCUAUUACGAACUCUUCAUUGAUGACUAAUGCACAGAAUGUCGAGGUCAAUAUGGGGUUGGGAGGAAAUUCGGGCAUGGCGACACAUGAUAAUUCCGUGGAAUGCUUACGAAGGCAUCCUAAUGGUGAUGACUUUCAGAUGGUUUGGCAGGACACUCUCGAUCCAGAUAAUAUGACUUAUGAGGAAUUACUAGAGUUGGGUGAGACAGUUGGGACACAAAGCCGGGGACUCUCUCAAGACAUUAUUUCUCGGCUCCCAGUUUCAAAAUACAAAUGCAGUUUAUUCACACGAAAGAAAUCAGGAAAAGACAGAUGCGUGAUCUGUCAAAUGGAGUACAAACGACGAGAACGGAUGAUAACCCUCCCAUGCACGCAUGCCUAUCACGUCGAUUGCGGGACCAAAUGGCUUAGCAUCAACAAGGUUUAGGUUUGGGUUUUUUCUAAACUACGACAACUUAUCUUCGCGGUAUCAGGCAUGCCCGAUAUGUUACACUGAGGUCUCUGUUGGUGCUAAAUCAAGGUGUUAGAGGCUACGUCUAAUUCGGUCCGCAAUCAGAAUUCAUCUUCACGGCUUCACUUCCCGGUAUCAUCCCCAGCCUUUAUACAUCCUGAUAUUUUUUUCGCUCUUGUAAUACAAAAGUUUGUAUCAUUUCGGUUUCCUCGUCUUCUUUCUGAGCUGUUUUCACAUAGGAGGAUGGUUUAGAAUUAGGGUUUGGAGUUUUACGCCAAAUGCAGAUGUCUCACAAUAUGGGGAAGAGAACCCUAAGAGAUUGUAUAGAAUUUUUACCUUUCCCUUGCUUAUUUUUGGUUACUCUC